AUGGAGGUCUUUCUCCGCGGCGUCCCCAAGGACCUCGCAGACGACAGCCUUCGCCAUGAGCUACUCCCGCUCAUGAGGCGUCUCGCCAUCGAGGACUGGUCGUGCGACAAGCCCAAAAAGAAGACGCAGGCGUGGCUCACCUUUUUACGGCGCGAGGACGGCGUUGCUUUUCUCGAGCGCCACGGCAAAGUCAUUGCGCCGACGCAGCCGCGCGCCGCCGCCGCUGCAGCCGCCGUCGAGGUUACAAACACUGGCGGCGGCAGCAGCAACAGCAACACCAGUAACAAGGCACAGCAGCAGCAACAACAACACAUUCAGCAACAGCAACAACAACAACAGCAGCAGCAGCAGCAACAACAACAACGCAAGGGUCCGGAAAUAUCCAAAUUAUGUCUACUACACGUAGACGUCUACGCCGAAAAGAGCGCCAAGGAGCCGGAUCCUCUGAUUCUCAGCCACCUCGCCCUCGAAAAAGACCAGCGAGAAAGCCGCGCCGCGCCGGUGAAAGCCUCGACGGCGGCGCCUACAACGGUUGUACGCAUCAGCAGCAUCGCCUGUGGCAAAAUGGUCUACGUUGACCCAGCCACCACUGCAGCACCCAACGGAAACGCUACUACUACUACCACCACUACCACCACCAACACCAUCAAGUCGCUCGUGUUUGCCCGCGAAACUGAAUGCACUACUGCCGGCCACGCCCAGUUCAAGCGCAAGUCGUGCAUCUUCACUACCGUCACCCACAAUCAGAUGCACAUUUCCUACGGCACCGUCGAGGACUGCGUCUUUGACUUUGGCGACCGCUCCUUCACCAUGAUCCUCAACAAGUGCCCACGCUUCUAUGCUCGCAACACUGUCGAUCCAGACCUGCGCACCCAGUGGUGCCGCAUGCCCAUGCUGAGCGGCUGGCCCGAGCUGUCCAAGUUCGUCGCCCAUUGCCUCGUCUACCGCUUCCAAAUCGCCGAUGACGACGUCGCCCGCGUCUUUGCCGCCGUCAAGGAGCACCACAACGUGUCCGUCAGCCGCCACACGCUGCGCGUCGACCGCGACCCCCGUGCCAGCGGCCACGAGUACCUCGGCUGCCUGCAAGACUUUCACCGCAAGAUUAGCAUCCUCGGAAAUAACCCGCUGCUGCUGCCCUUUCCCAUUCUCUUUCAGGUCCACAAGAUGGUCUGGAACAACUACCUGCAUCCAAAGCCUGCCACGACGUUGCUGGAUAUCAUGGAAAGGCUAGCCAUGGAGGCCGAGAUGGAGGGAAGGCCGAGGCCGUUUUCGGCCAACGAGCUCGACCCCUUUGAGCUGCUUAACUGCGUCAUGGACAUUGAGAGCGUCAUGGUGCGUGGCGAAGAACCCGCGCGUAUUAGUAGCAGUAACGGCGGUAGCAGUAGUAGCGGCGGCACAAGCGGCCGCCUCGGCGACAGCAUCUCCAAGCAGCAGGCCUGGGUGCUCAAGGCCAUGGUGACGCCCACGCGCGUUAUUUUGGGAGGCCCCGACCCCGAGUCCAAGAACCGCGUGCUGCGCAUGUUUCACGACCGUACAGACUACUUCCUGCGCGUCACCUUCACCGACGAGGACGGCUCCGACCUCAACUUCAACCAUCGCGUGUCCAAUGACUACGUCUACGACCACUACCGCAGCGUCAUGAAGCAGGGCAUCGAGGUCGCCGGCCGCCGCUUCUCAUUUCUCGGCUUCUCGCACUCGAGCCUGCGCUCGCACUCCGCCUGGUUCAUGGCACCAUUUGUCGAUAACCGCAUGGGGAGGCAAGACUAUGCCACGGUGCUCAACUCGCUCGGCGACUUCCGCGAGAUUCGCAUCCCAGCAAAGUGCGCCGCCCGUAUCGGCCAGGCCUUUUCCGAGACGCCCUACGCUGUGUCGCUGCGCGGUAGCAGCAUCGUCAUCAGCUACAUUGAAGACGUGCGCAGCUACGUCGACGAAUCGCGAGUCUUUAGCGACGGUGUCGGCACCAUCUCGCAGGGCGCGCUCGAGGAGUUUUGGGACGUGCUGCCGCUCAACCUGGGCUCGCCCACGUGCGUGCAGAUUCGUGUCGCCGGCAUCAAGGGCAUGCUGAGCCUGGACCCCCGGCUGCUGGGCAAGCAGAUUUGCAUCCGCGCCGAGUCCAUGAUGAAAUUCCCCAGCCGAGACUUUGUAGAGAUUGGCAUCUGCGAGGUCGCCGCCCGGCCGCUGCGGCUGGUACUCAACCGGCAGAUGAUCAAGAUCCUCGAGGAUAUGGGCACGAAUCGGACCUGGUUCCGGGCCAUGCAGGCCAAGGCGCUCGAGACGCUGCGCGGCGUGACGGCGACGGCAGCCAACACGUGCACGUUUCUCGAGUACCAGGGCGUCGGGUCCAGCAUCCGCCUGCCACGCUUCAUCCGGCGAAUGCACGCGCACGGUAUCGACUACCGGGGGGAUCCGUUUCUCAAGGGCGUCGUUGAGUACGUGGUGCUGCGGGAGCUGCGGCUGCUCAAACACAAAGCGCGCAUCCCCAUUGAGAAGGGUGUGACGCUGUUUGGCGUAAUGGACGAGACGGGGUUUCUGAAAGAGGGCGAGAUUUACAUUCACUACGACCGGCGAGCACCGGGCCGCAAAGACGGCAUCGAGGACUCGCUCGUCGACGGCCCCGUUGUCGUGACGCGGUCGCCGGCGCUACAUCCGGGCGAUAUCCAGCUAGCCAAGAUGGUGACACCGCCCGAGAAGCACCCGCUGCGGGCGCUGCGCAACUGCAUUGUCUUUAGCCAGCGCGGCGGCCGCGAUUUGCCGAGUCAGCUGAGCGGCGGUGACCUCGACGGUGACAAGUACAAUGUCAUUUGGGAUGGCGGCGCCCUGCCGCGCAGCGUCUUUGCGCCCGCCAGCUACCCGCGUAACAAACCGCAGCCGCUGGACCGCGACGUGACGCGCGACGAUAUUGCUAGCUUCUUCAUCGAGUUUAUGCGCACAGACGUGCUGGGGCUGAUUGCCAACCGGCAUCUCAUGUACGCCGACAUUCAGCCCGCAGGCGCGGACGACCCGACGUGCAUCAAGCUGGCCGAGCUGCACUCGACGGCCGUAGACUACUCCAAGACGGGCAUCCCGCCGCUCAUUAAUGAGAUUCCGCGGCAACCCAAGACGAAGCCGGAUUUCAUGGCGCCGGCGCCGCCGACGACGACGUAUGACCUAGGCGACGUUGCGUUUGUCGAGGUGGACGAGGAGGAGGACGAGGGCGAUGACGGGUUCGGCCGGCCAAAGUACCGGUACCACAAGUCGGAAAAGAUUCUGGGCCAGCUUUACCGAGCUAUUGACGAGAAGAAUCUAUGGGCGCAGGUGACGGGUGGCACUAAAAAAAGCAGUGGCGGCGGCGGGGCGGCGGCAUUGGUGUGGGAACCGGUGCAGCGCAUCAUGGAGGCGGGUCUCGCGGCGCUGGGCAUCCGGUUAGACUGGCGGGGCCGGGUCGACGAGGCGCGCAAGGUGAGGCGCAUCUACGAGACGGGUUUGUACGAGAACAUGCAGCAGUUUUCGCACAAUCCGCGGACUGCCAUAAGCGAGACGGAGGCGUUUUGCGGGGACAUCGUUAACAAGACGGGAUCGCAGUCGCGGCAGCAGCGAGAUUUGUCGAUCAAGUUGAAGGAUGAAAUGGACCGACUGAUGAGCUGGAUCGUCAAGCUAAUCCGUAACCCAGAAGCGCGGGGCGGCGUAUGGCAUGACGGCGGCGGGAGCGUCGUGUACGCGACGGCGGCCGAUGACGGGACUGUGAGCACGGCGCGGCUGCAAUCGCUCGAGAUGGCGGUGGCGUGUUUUCAGAUUGAGCUGCUGCAGGGGGACGCGCCGGUGCAGACGAUGUUUAAGGGCAAGAGAGGGGGGGCAACGGGUGGUGGAAAGGAGGAGAGGAUGCAGAGCUUUAGAGUGAUUGCGGCGGCAUGCAUGCUCAAUGAGCUCGAGGCGGCGACGCGCGAGAUAAAGGGCGAGGGGGCAAUGAGCACGUCGCUGGUGCAUCGGGAGGUCAAGAUGACGGGAUGA